CCAGGAACUCCAUCCUGAGCAAAGAAGCUUAGCCCUGAAGGGAGCCAACAGCCCCUCCCUCCUUCCACCACACUCCCAGGGACAGAAACUCUACCUUCUAGUGCUUUGACAACAUUUGGGGCACUUCCAAGUUCAUUGUUUGUGCUGCUUCAGCCUUGCUGCCUGCACCAUGCAGUCCUGUCAUCUCUUCCUCUUUCUUCUGCUCCUUCUCCCUGGGAUGUGGGCAGACCCAGAGGCAGAGCCACAGUUUCUUCAGCUGCUCCACACCAGUGUCUUCACCAUCAGCUCUGCUGACAUAUCUAUGGUGACUCUCCUGGAGGAUGUGGCCAUCUUGGCACUGGAUCCUGGCAACUGGAGCAUCCAUUUCCAUUGGCCCUGGGCCAGCCAGGCAACAGCUGAGGGUGAUGCAGAGAAGAUCAAGUCCCACUUAAAAUUCUUUCUGCGCAAUUUCAUCCAAUAUGUGCACAAAACGGCCCAGCAGGUGCAGCUGGACUACCCAUUUGUAAUCCAGAUCCGUGCAGGCUGUGUGCUGCACCCCAAUAAGACAAGCCGGGGCUUCAUGGAUGUCGGAGAAGGUGGCAGAGACCUCAUUUCUUUCAACGUGGAGAGGCAGCACUGGGAGCCCCAGCGGUCAUCCACCCUAGCAGAGCUGACCAGCUAUGGCCUCACCAGCAAAAAAGCCAUCACAGUGUUGCUGGUACACCUCCUCUCCACCUUCUGCCCGAGCUACAUGCUCACCCUGUGCAACUACGGAAGGGCUGAUCUGGAGAGACAAGAGCCUCCCCUGGCCACAGUCUUCGCCCACACGCCCAGCCCAGCCCAGCUCCUGCUGGUUUGCCGUGUCACCGGCUUCUACCCACGGUCCAUCAGCGUGGCAUGGCUGCGGGAUGGCCAGGAGGUGCCACCAGGCCCGGCUCUCAACACCAGUGCCAUCCUGCCCAAUGCUGACCUCACCUACCAGCUCCGCAGCGUCCUGGCUGUGUUUCCCCAUGACGGGCACAGCUACGCCUGCCGUGUGCGCCACCGCAGCCUGGGCACCCGCACCCUCCUCAUCCCGUGGGAAAACCUCAGCACAGCUCCAACGGUCAGCAUCAUCAUCACAGUGCUGCUCCCUGUGGCCAUAGCCUUUGGUGGGGUGGUUUGGUGGUGGAAGUGCAGGAAAGGUGCCGAGGCCACAUGGGAGACCCAGGAAUUCACCAUUUGAGACCUGGCUGCCUGCCCAGCAAUGAUAUCCUCACUACCAGCUCUCCAUGCUUAUGUCCCAUCCCUGAUGCAUCAGCAACAACAGGGAUUUGCUCUGGAAAACCACUAUAUUAAAUGAACUUCCUCAGCUGCACAUGGCUCCUGUGGCUUGCACAUGGCUCCUGUGGCUCUCACUCUCCUUCCCCCUCAUGAGGUCACCCGAGCAAACCAUCCAGUGAACUUCAGAGACCCCACAUUAUGACCAGGAAGACUAUCCCUUUUUGUGGACACUGGCCGAUUUCCCUGGCAUAUCAGGAGGAGCAAUUCAUCUGCCAACCUCUCCCACAUCUCGGCAUCCCUGUGGACAGUGUCUGUCCCUAGCCCUGACCCAGGCCAAACCAGUGUGGGGACACUGAGUGGCAUGGGGGAUGGAGCAGGCCACAAAACGGAGAGAUGGAGGAAUCUGAGCUGUUUCACUGGGGACAGAAGGGGGAGGGGAGGUCCCAAGUGGCAUUUCCAAUCUCCUGACAUGGGGAGGUGUUUCAAGCAGUUGCAAAGCUGCUCCAGCUACAGUGCUGAUCUCAUCCUCUGUCCAGGUUGGUCUUGGGUUGGGAUCUCCUCCACUCCUGACUCCUGCCCCUGCAAAAGCUGGAGUGAUGGGGAACAGUCACCCUCCCGGUAUGCCUGACGCCUAUGAAAAGCCAUGCUGAGGCUCUAGGGGACUCUGUAUUUGAGUGACAUGCUCCCAAGAAGGGGGUGCGGCAGGUUGACCUUGGCUAGCUACCCACCAAGCUGCUCUAUUACUGCCUUUCCUCAACUGGGCAAAGGAGGAGAAAAUAUGCCAAAAGGCUCAUGGGUCAAGAUAAGGACAGGGAGGUCACUCAGCAAUUACCAUCACAGGCAAAAUAGACUUGGCUUAAGGAAAUUAACUUAAUCUAUUGCCAAUCAAAAUCAGAGUAGGAUAAUGAGAAAUAAAAACAAAACUAAAACCACCUUCCUCUCCCUGCUGCCCCUCUUAUUCCUGAGCUCAACUUCACUGUUCACUUCUCUACCUUCUCCUCCCAAGCAGUAGAGUGGACUUGGAGACUGGGGACUGCCAUCUGUUUAUUAUGCAUUGUCUCUGUUGCUCGUUUCCCUGUUCCAGCAUGGUGUCCCACCCGUAGCAGACGGCCGUUUAUAAACUUCCCCAUCGUGGGUCCUUCCCAUUGGGUGCAGCCCUUCAGGAGUGGACUGCUCCAGCACAGGUCCCCUGUGGGGUCACAGUUCCUGUCAGAAGAUGUGCUCCAAUGUGGGGUGCUCUUCAGAGGACCACAGGUAUUCAAACUCCCAGAGCCACAUAUCCUCUUUCAUGGACAAACAACUCAAAGGGUAAUCAUAGAUUUGGGAGCCCUAGGGCUGGGGCUUUCAUGAAGGUCUAUUUAAUGCCAUCAAAAUUUCCCCUGAAUUCCGGAGUCCAUUCUAGCAGUUCUUCAGGACCUUUGGUUGCCGCAUAUAAUGGUUUUGCAAUUAAACCAAAAUUUGGAAUGUAAAGGUGACACUAUCUGGCCAUUCCCAGAAAUUCCUUUAGUUCUCUUUUAGAUUGCAGGGAAUGUAGGGGAAGUAGAGGAGUUGUCUAUAAAUGGCUUCUUUUCUGUCAUUUCCCAGUUUUUGUGGUCCCUGGGAAAUCUCAAAUCUGAGAUAAAUUACAGUCUGUUUUGCAA